UCUCAAAAAUAACACAACGUUGUCUAAUCAUGUCAUAAUUAUGUUGAAUUGACACUUGUCAUACAAUUUUCUUAAAUUCUGUGCGGUCGUCAGUAAGUAUAGUAAUUGUUGAAGUGCAACAUGUCAACGAAACAGCGUGUUCGUCAGUUGGAAGCGUGCAGUCGCGAAAUGUUCGGCGAUAUGGUCCUCCACCACCAAACUCCACCACCUCAACAAUCGCUCUUCGGAGAAGUCAUCCAAGCGGUACCUGUUACACUUACGAUGCGCAAAACUUCGAUGGAAACACCGUCAAACAAAUACACGGACUACGAGAAACGACGAGCUUCCGAUUUAGUGGAAGAGCUUUUGGUCGACAUUUACAGCAACAUCAACGGGUCUGAUUACAACUCUGCAACCUCGAGCAAGUCCCAUCGCAGUUUCGUGGCUGAUAUUAAUAAUUUGCACGGGAAAGAUGCCACAGAAUUAUCAUCUCUUAUUAGUUAUUUGGAAUACCACGUGGGGCGCGCUGGGAGUGUUCUGAUACGGCAACUGAAGCGCCGCGACGCUUUGCGUCGUCAACAAGACGCACACUCUGACGUCAUAACCGGCCAACUUCUAAAACGAAGUGGUCCGGACAGCCCAGAGAUGCGUUUUUCAAUCCAACCAGGUCCUGGCGAAUCAGGAUUUUCUCAAUGGUUGGCAGCUAUGAAGAUGGUGGCUCAAUUGUCCGGUGGCAUACCUCCAGAAUUUCGAAAAAGAUUAUGGCUCACAUUGGCUGAUAGACACUUGGCAGCUCGUGGCAUCGAUUGGCCUAAUGUCGAAAGAAAUUGCUUCAGUGAGUGGUCGCAUCCAACCGAUUCGGAGUUGGGAGUUCAAAUUGUAAAGGAUUUGCACCGAACUGGUUGUAGCCUUUUUUGCGGAAAAGAUGGAAAGGAAAACCAGGCCUUGUUGAAGAGAGUGCUUCUGGCUUAUGCCAGAUGGAACAAAGCUGUCGGUUAUUGUCAAGGUUUUAACAUGUUAGCAGCUUUAAUACUUCAAGUGACUGAUAAAUGUGAGACUGACGCUCUAAAACUCAUGAUUUAUCUCAUAGAGGGGGUGCUCCCCGACUCAUAUUUCGCGGAUAGUUUGCGUGGACUUUCCGUCGACAUGGCAGUUUUCAGGGAGUUACUUCGGGCCCGAUUACCACGUCUUUCAAAACACUUGGAUGCUCUACAAAAUGCGGCCAAAGAAGGGACGACCAGUUACGAACCUCCCUUGACCAAUGUUUUCACCAUGCAAUGGUUUCUAACCCUAUUUUGCAACUGUCUGCCACAACCAACAGUUUUGCGCGUUUGGGAUUUGAUCCUUCUCGAAGGUAACGAGAUACUUCUUCGCACGGCUUUAGCAAUCUGGCAAACUUUGGCGGAUCGAAUAAUGGGUGUUCGAAGCGCGGACGAGUUCUACUGCAUUAUGGGUGCUUUAACUCGAGAACUGCUCGAGUUUGAGCUAAUUGAUGCAAAUUCUCUAAUUAAAACAGUAGUUGCGAUAGGUCCUCUUAACGAACUGAAGAGUCUCCGCGAACAUUAUUUGUACAACAUUAACCCGUGGGGUAGUUCUGUUCCGACAACUAUCUUUCCGGAUAGUAUAGACAAGCAGAUGAAACUGUAUGCCAAAGACAGACUGGUGUUGGAUAUAAGCGCCCUGAAGAAGCAAUAUGCCAAAUUGAAGCAGAGACAAAGACAGGCCCACAUUAUUUUUAGUGCUGCUAUCUCCAGACAACCUCCGCCAAGUGCUCCAGUAGCCAUGAACCACUUACUACUCGGGAAGAGUGCUCUGGUCCCGGCUAAAAGGUUAGGACCGCCUAAGGGAAGUAUACCUCCAGCUAGAACAACUCCCCCUAGCACCCUCUUGUGGAAGGAUGCUCCAAAAACAACCAGCGAUAGUUCUUCGUCAUCUGACACAGAACUGUGCGAUGAUCCAAGCGAAGGUUCUUCGGACGAGCAAGAUGAAGAAAUCAAAAGUCAAUUCGUUGAAGACAAUCCCGAAAAUCUUAUGAAUCAAGACAAUAAAGCCGCUGCUGAAGAAGUCGAAGCCAAUUCUUCCAAUAGUCAAAUUACUAGUGAUAUUUUUGAUAGUUCCGCUUCAACUAGCAUGAAAGACAUAUUCGACGUCGUAGCAGAAUCGGACGAUGACAGCGUCGACUUUGAAAAGUUUCUCGAAGAUCGUGUCCGUUGCCUUAAAACUCCAACAAAUGAGGAGCCGGAAGAGGACGACAGGAUUAAAUACGGGAGAAGAAACAGCGAACGCGCCUUACAAAUAAUUCAAGAGAAUUCGUUAAUUCUCCACAGAAUAAUGCAAUGCCAGUCGAGAUUAUCACCACCACCGCCCUUUGUCGAUCAGGACAAUGCAACCGAAGCAACAAUAGCAUCGCCAGGAGACAAAGAAGCGACAUCAAUGGCUUUCUACGACACGUUAAGCAGUAUUAACCUCGAUUCUUCGCCAACUCGGGAACCAAAACAGGAAACCACUCCUGAAUACGGCUCCAGAUAUAGCAGCAUACUUGAGAAGAGUCGGAACCUGGACGAAAAGUACAACAACUUGAUUUUAAAUGCCAGUGUUAUGAAUUUGAGAACUGUGAGUGAUUCAGGACUUGCUGACCCAAUUAUUCCAAGUGUUGUGAAUAACGAAGAAUCAAAAAAUGAGAAAAUCAAAAAUUUCUCGUUCAAUUUUGAUGAGGCUUCGUCUUGCUAUAACCCCACCAGUGUGAAACAAUGUUUAAAGUCCCCGUGCUCUGAUAAUAGUGAUAAAUCGCCAAGUUCAAAGUCACCAAAUAAAAUAUUCAACCCGUUCCCCAUUCCUUUGAAUUCGCGGCAAAACAAGGAAGUUCCUUUGAAACUGGGAUUGUACAAAAAAUGACAAAACAACUUUGUAUUAUUUUUAUUAUUGUUGUGCUUAUAAUAAGGAAAAGACUGCACUCAAAUUUGUUGUUAUUAUGAACAAAGUUGUAAAAAUUUAAUCGCAUUAACACUAUACUUGUAUGAACCAUCUAGAUUUGAUGGCGUGACAAACAUUUAUUAUUAAUAAAACCUUGUUGAUACUAUUUUGCGCUGUGCCAGAUCCGUUCUAAAGAUUUUAGCAAAUAAUAUAUUUCCUUAAAAAUUGUUAUAGCGUUGACUCAAUAAAUACAUUCUUGUUUAA